AUGCACGGUUCGUGUUCUCCUUAUGGUUCUCUUACAAUCAUUCAACUUUGUAAAACAUUUAAAAGUAAUCCGUUGACUGGUUCAGCUUUCAGAGUUGCGGUAAAUCUGAUGAACAGUGGUACUGUUGUUAGUCGAAGAGGUUGCCCUCUUCUGAUGUCUAUCAGGCUUUUGCUUCAGCUUUCGUUAACGGCAGCCCAAAGCUUGAAUGACCUAGCCAAAUCGGCUGUCAUCAGAUUUGAACCGCAGGAAUUGCACAGUUUGGUGGAAGGUGACAACGAAACUGUGUCUGUAUGUGUGAAAAUACCUCAAGCGGAGUUUGCGGCUCUUCCUGAUUUGGAAUAUCAGCUGAGUUUCGGAUCCUUCCAUCCUGAAGUAGCCUACUCACAAAGUUAUGUUGAUGUCGCAAAAAGUUCUUUCGUUCAUGACAACAGUUCUAACUUUUAUACACUGAAUACAGAGGUAAUAGUCCAUGGUGGUUCAAUAGGGAAAACCGGGAUGCGCUUGCGAUUAGUGGUUUCACGAAACUGGAGUGAUUUGGAUGAUUCGUGGAAGGCGAUGGAAAUGAUGAAAGGUGACGCGGAAAAUAUUCUCGAUGUAUGGGUUCGAAGGAAUGAGACGUCGGAGCGUUUGACCCUUAUUUUUGUAACUUCUAUAGUGCUGCUAAUCACAUUUGGAAAUGUGUUAAUGGGUUGUGAGCUAGAUUUGAGAGCCAUUUUUGACACACUGAAGAGACCAGUCGCACCGACUAUCGGAUUUCUCGCCCAGUUUCUCGUAAUGCCUGUGCUCGCGUACAGUAUCGCCAAUUCGAUCUUCGUUUCCCAAGGUCUUUUCUCCAUGGCAUUAGGUUUAUUCGUAACUGGAUGUUCACCAGGUGGUGGCGCAUCGAAUUUCUGGACACUUCUGUUAGAUGGAAAUGUGAACCUCUCAGUAACGAUGACGUUUAUGUCAACUCUCGCAUCAUUGGUUGGUCGUUUUUUAGUGGUGAUGCCAUUUUGGAUAUCAAUGUUUGGCGUGGAGUUUUUACAAGGUUUCUCCUCAAAAUCAAACUUGCGAGUCCCAUAUGGGAAAAUUGUUCGUUCUUUGGUCUCGCUUGUGGUUCCACUGCUCAUAGGUGUAGCUAUAAGGAAAUUAAAACCGGAGUGGGCAGUUAAAUCACGCAAGGUUUGUCUAUCACUGAAUAUUACUGAUUCUUCGGAUCGACACCCUAAAUGGGAACUUUUGAUCUUUGUGAUGGCGAAGCCAUUUCUUUCUUGUACGACAUUGUUAUUGCAAAUUAUUGUGAAGAGUCAUAGAAUAUAA